AUUACAAGUAUAUUUUCUUGGGUUAACAAUAAAUAGUAUUUAACAAAAGUUGGAAGCUCUGACAAGGCCCUUUUGUUCCCUAGUUGGGACUGACUGAGCGAGCGAGCGAGCUUGAAGAUGAGAGAGCUAAUGGGGCUGCCGUGGGCGGUGGCGCUUCUCAUUGGGUUUCUGCUCAACGCGCCGCCCUCCGCCGUCGCUGAUACAGAUCCGACUGAUGCGUCAGUUCUGAGGGGGUUGUUCUCCAGCCUGAACUCACCACCGCAGCUUACAAAAUGGACGGCAAAUGGUGGAGACCCUUGUGGAGAGUCGUGGAAGGGCGUUAGUUGUUCAGGCAAUAGAGUAACCGAAAUUCAGAUUUCGGGUCUACAACUCACUGGGUCAAUGGGAUUCCAAUUGGAUCAACUGAAAUCUGUAACCACCUUUGAUAUAAGUACUAACAAUCUCGGGAACUCAUUGCCAUAUCAGCUCCCUCCAAAUGUACAGAAACUAAAUCUCGCUGGUAAUGGCUUUACCGGUGGCCUCCCAUAUUCCAUUUCACAAAUGGCCCCCCUCGAAUAUUUAAAUGUUAGUCACAAUCAACUCCAGGGCGAAGUGACCGUCAUGUUCGUAUCGCUUACGAACCUGUCGACACUGGAUUUCUCUUUUAAUUCUCUGGCUGGUAAUAUUCCUCAAACUUUCAGCUCGCUUACAAAUAUGAAAAACAUGUAUUUGCAGAAUAACGUGUUUACUGGAACUAUUGAUGUUCUUGCAAAUCUUCCCCUCGAUAAUCUAAAUGUCGAGAACAACCAUUUUACGGGAUGGAUCCCUCCACAGUUGCAAGGCAUAAACAGUUUACAAACGGGUGGUAAUUCAUGGAACUCGGGCCCUGCGCCCCCGCCUCCACCUGGCACUCCACCGGCAAACAGGCCCAAUCAUAGAUCCGGAGGCGGCAGCAGCCCAUCAAAUGGUGGAGGCAGUGAUAAUGGUGGUGGCGGUGGCGGUGGAAAAUCGGGUAUCGGGGGUGGAGCUGUUGCGGGAAUUGUGAUAUCCAUUUUGAUUAUAGGAGCAAUAGCAGCAUUCUUUAUUAUCAAGAGAAGAUCGAGGAGGACUUCAACCGAUAUCGAAAAGGUUAAUAGUCAGCAGUUUCCUCCUCUCGUCUCGCACAAAGUACAAGAGAUGAAAUCUGUUCAAACGUCCUCCACACUGGGAACGAAAACCGUGGAGACGCCAGUCGAAGUAAAUUUAAGACCUCCUCCUAUCGACCGUCCUAAAUCGUUCGACGAAGAUGAUAUAUCACCCAAGCCCGUUGUUACCCCCAAGAAAAUCGAUACGUCUCAAAUAAAUGCUACCCAAUACACUGUUGCAGACCUGCAAAUCGCUACAGAUAGCUUCUCCAUCGAAAAUCUUCUUGGCGAGGGAUCGAUUGGACGUGUUUACCGGGCUCAAUUUGAAGAUGGAAAGGUUCUUGCUGUCAAGAAAAUAAACUCCACUGCUAUUGGGAACCCCGAAGAUUUUCUGGAUAUAGUUUCUGAGAUAUCCCGACUGCAUCAUCCAAAUGUCACCGAGCUGAUUGGGUAUUGUUCGGAGCACCGACAGUAUCUACUAGCUUAUGAGUUCUACAAAAACGGUUCUUUGCAUGAUCUUUUGCAUCUCUCCGACGAAUACACCAAGCCGCUGACUUGGAACAACAGAGUGAAGAUUGCUUUGGGGGCAGCACGUGCACUGGAGUAUCUACAUGAAGUUUGCUCGCCAUCGGUGGUUCAUAAAAAUUUCAAAUCUGCUAACGUUUUACUUGAUUCGGAGUUCAACCCUCACCUAUCGGACUCUGGGUUAGCUAGCCUUAUCCCAGACGAAGAUCAGGCUCUAAACCAGAAUUCAGCGUCUGGAUAUGGUGCGCCUGAGGUGGCCAUGUCUGGUCAGUAUACAAUAAAGAGCGAUGUGUACAGUUUUGGCGUUGCCAUGUUGGAACUUCUUACUGGAAGAACACCAUUUGACAGUUCAAGGCCAAGACCCGAGCAAUCCUUAGUUCGAUGGGCUACACCUCAGCUCCACGACAUUGACGCCUUAUCUAAGAUGGUUGAUCCAGCACUGAAAGGGCUCUAUCCAGUUAAAUCUCUCUCCCGCUUUGCUGAUGUCAUUGCACUAUGUGUCCAGCCGGAGCCUGAGUUCCGACCACCUAUGUCGGAAGUUGUUGAGGCGUUGGUCCGGCUGGUGCAACGGGCCAACAUGAGCAGGAGGACAUUCGGCGCUGAUUCAAGGACCAGGUCUGGUAGCGCAGAUUCUCAGGAAUACGAGCUUUAGAUUCCUCGGACGCCAUGUUUUGCUGCUCCUAAUCCUGAUGUUCGUUGUAUCAUAACGGUAGCGGAUUCUGUAACAUUGUUAAUAGCGUGAUCCGUUUCGUUUGCAUUUGCUGCCAUUAGAUUAGCUUCUUCUUCUUCUUCACCUUCUGCAGAACUGGACUCCUGGAUUCUUGUUUUUGUAAUAUGGGAGUCUAUUGAGAAGAGUUGUGUACUAUCUCACUCUGGAUUUUUCCUCCUAUACAACAUAUCGUUU